AUGGCCACCCGCAGUCUAGGGCCGGUGGUCGACCAGGCCACCGUGCGCCGGUUAGUGGACGAGGUCCUGGCUGGACAACCACUGCCUGUACUUUACUUGCUGGGUGAAGGGGAGGCUCCAGAAUGGCGAGCCUUAGCGUUUUUGGUUCGCUACCGGCUGAACGGUUUCAUGGUGAUUCUUCCCGACGCUGCCGAGGUGGUGUCUCGCCUUCAGGAAGCCGUCUCGGAGGAAGACGACACUUUGGGGGCCGUUCCGGUCUUCAAGAACAUCGCGGUCGAGACCGAGACGUCCCGACGCCGACCUACCGGCUCUUCUUCUGCUUUGAUCGCCGACUUCGAUUGGGCUUUCCUCGACUUCUUCAGGCGUGCCGCUUCGGGCACCGCGCGAGCAGCCGGGGGCCUUCGACUUAUCACUUUAAAAGCAGGCGAGGCUGUGGUCCGACCUUUGCGUCCCAGUGCCGUGGCAGUUUCGGAAGUUUGGGUCAACGAGAUGCUUUCAGAUGCGAGCCUUGCGGAGUACGCCACCGCAGAGGAGGGUGCCGAAGAGGAGGAGGAGCCGGACCACGAGUCUGCCGAAGCCCCCGAGAUCACCGAAGUCGAGGCGCUCCGCGGUCGUGUUCGGGAACUCGAGGCCAAUGUCCGGGCUGCUGCUCAGCAACCUCCUGCUCGACCUGGAGCUCUGAAGUCGGCCCGGCCCUUGUUUGCCGAGCCUUUGGGAGGGGCGCUGACCGACGACGAGUGGCAGAAGCUUCGCUCUGCUGCCGGAGCGGCUCCUUCUCGUCUGGCUGCCCACGAGCGGGCCGAGCGGAAGCACACCACAACGAUCGCCGAGACCGAGUUGGCGGAAGAGGAGCUGGGGGCGGCCGAAGCUGUUUUGGACAUUCCCGAGGGCAGCCCCGCUUUGCUGCAACUUCUGGCUACUCAGGCGAAGCUCUUGGAGAAAGCGAUGGCACCGAAGGCCGUGGAUCCCAUUGCUGCGGCCCUUUCGGGCGGGGCUUCCGGCUCGGACAGCGUCGGCGGCAGCAGCUCCGGCGCCAGGGGAAUGGCAGCCCGCGAUGCCUACCUGAAGAUCUUCGAUCGCCCCCGGGAGUUCGCCGAAUCGGUGGCCGCUCGGGCUCAGACGGAGCUGGGCUGGGAGAAUCAGGAGCCGUCGAUGAUGCGCCACUAUCUCGAGAGGAAGGUUCCCCUGAAGGAGCUCAAGACGGUGCAGCUUUUCAGUUUUCUGCUGGGGCACAUGUGGGAGGACAUGCGCCGCACCGGCAAUCAACGGGGCGAGUUUUGGGCAGCGAGGGGCCUGGUGAUGGCGGAGCAGUUCGCCGUCGACGGCGGCCGCACUCAGUUUGGGUGGCUCCUGGGAGGCCUUCCGGAUGUGGACCAAGGCCACCUGAUUCAUCGGAAGGGCGAUCUUCGCCCGUACGGGCGCCUGUCCGCUGCUCCUUGGGUAGCCGCUCAGGUGGCUUUCUUGAAGGAUGUCGAUUUUCUGGAGGCGCGCAUGCGCAACCGCACCCCAGGAGGAGCCGAUCAGACCACCGAUCCCAAGGACGAGACGGAGGAGCAAGCCACUCGUCCCAGGCGGCCGCCCCGGAAGCCCAAGAACACAGGCGACAAGCCGCAGGGAUGA